UGGGGGUGGCACCGCAUCCCGCCCUGGGGAGGAGAGGGGAGGGGAGGACAGGCAGGACGGCCCUUCCCGUCUCCUCCCCUGCCCUCCAGGCCGGCCUCGCUGGGCGAAAUGUGUUCGCGGAGCGCGGGCCGGGCCCUCUGGGUGCUGCUGCAGCUGCAGCUGCGGGCCCGGGCAGCGCCGCUCAUGCCCCGGGGACCGGCCGCCUGCUACGGUACUUCAAUAACAUCUUCCAAAAUCCAAGUGAAUGGAGUCCACCUGCAUUAUCAGCAGACGGGAGAAGGAAGUCAUGCAGUUCUUCUGCUUCCCGGAAUGCUAGGGAGUGGUCAAACUGAUUUUGGACCUCAGCUUAAGUUUAUGAAUAAGCAACUUUUCACAAUUGUUGCUUGGGAUCCUCGGGGAUAUGGAAAGUCCAUUCCUCCAUCUCGAGACUUUCCUCCAGAUUUCUUUGAAAGGGAUGCAAAAGAUGCUGUGGAUCUUAUGCAGGCACUAAAAUUUAAGAAGUUCUCUUUGCUGGGGUGGAGUGAUGGUGGAAUCACAGCACUCAUUGCAGCUGCAAACUAUCCAAAUCUUAUCCACAAGUUGGUUGUCUGGGGAGCAAAUGCCAGCGUUACUCAAGAGGAUGUGAGAAUUUAUAAUGGCAUCCGAGAUGUUUCAAAAUGGAGUGAAAAGGUCAGGAAACCACUGGAAGAGAUGUAUGGGCAUAAUUACUUUGCAAAAACCUGUGAGGCUUGGGUAGAUGGAAUAUCUCGCUUUGCUGAAAAUUCAGAUGGUAAUAUCUGCCAACAGUUGCUGCCAGAUAUUAAAUGCCCCACAUUUAUAAUUCAUGGUGAGAAAGACCCUUUGGUCCCACAGGCUCACGCAGAAUACAUUCAUAAGCACAUCAAAGGCUCUCGGUUGCUUCUGAUGCCAGAAGGAAAGCAUAAUUUACACCUGCGUUUUGCAGAGGACUUCAACAGACAAGUGGAAGACUUCCUAUGCUGACUUGAACUAUAAAACAAGUUAGAGAUGCUUGUCCUUUGACUUGUUUAAGAGUUUAGGGUGGCUUUCCAUUUUCAUUCAAUUUAUAGGUAGGUCUGAGUCCUGUAAGAAAAAACAUUAAACACAUAUGCAUGAGAAGCAUAUGUUUUGAGAAUAUGUAAGCCUCAGUGGAUCAGAGCACACCACUGUGCUGCAAGAUUUCUGACAUGUCUUUAAACUUACUUCUUGCCACACAGGAUAGGCAGCUGUUCUUCAUCCAAUAGAGGCAUUAAGAAAGACAGAAAACAUGAUCUAGAAUACAUGCCUUUAUGUGCUCUUAACAUUAAAGGACAAAAAACAU